ACUCAAGGUAAAGAUACAUCGUUCAACUUCCCGCUUAAGGGUAUUCAAUCGUAAAUGAUAGAACAACAACGUAAACGCGUAGAACGCGCCGUAUCUGAUAUGAUCAACGAAAUGUAUUCAAGUCACUUACGCAAAAUGCAGUCAGAAAUGCAUUUAUGUGCAUCUAAAUGUUGUGACGACCAACGUGGAACUUUAGAUUCCGUGCAAACUUGCAUUGAGGGUUGCGCCGUACCGCUUACUAAAGCUCAGGACUAUUUGCAGCAUGAAUUGGGACAGUUUCAAGGACGUUUGCAAAAUUGUGUUAUGAAAUGCAGCGAAGAUGCUCGAGAAAGGCUGCCAUUAAAUCCAGGAGAAGCAGAACUCGCCAGAUAUCAACAUCAUUUCGAAUAUUGUACGGUGGCAUGUGUGGAUAGACAUAUCGGCCUUAUACCAACUAUGAUGAAGACUAUAAAGGCUGUAUUGGAGAAAGGUCCUAAAGCUUUGCCACAAGCAUAGAAAAGUUGUUGAAGCUGUAAAUAAAUUGUAAUAAAAAUUAUGCUGUAAUGUGUGUGUUUUAUAAACUAAAAUUAAAACUUGAUGAGUAAGGCCAAUGGUUAAUUAUUAUUAAACCCCGAACAUGGUAUGUUAAGUUUGCAAGGAAUUUUGUAAUCCUCGUGAAACGUGGGAAAUUCUCUAAAAUAAAUAUAUGAGUUAUCAACUUGGCGCUAACUAAUUCCUCGGUUUUUGAGAUAUAGAUCAGAAUUUUUGAACCAGUCCAUUUCCCUUCAAGAAGCUGUUCGUUUGAGGGAACCACCGAU